AUGAGGCUGUGGAAAGAGACAGGACUCUUAGAGAACAACGUGACAGACGUCACCGUUCGCAAUCGUCUAGCCUGCCUGAAACGGGCUGUGAAGCUCCAUACCCAGUACCAGUACACUCCGCUCCAGAAUGCUGAGAUUGACAAGUACAUUGCAAAAGUUCUGGUUUCCGGUAAACUUGUAUCAACAAGUGCCUGCUCAAAGCCGCUCGCACCCCUAGCUGUGGCUGAAGACAUAAUCCGAUUUCUUUUCACAUGCGACGAGUACAGGGGGCUUCACUUUCGAUUGCGCAAUCAACUAGCAUUCGCGAUCCAGCUUAUGUUACUAAUUGGUGUUCGGCCUGGCGAGAUUAUCGAGUCAGACGCAUGGCACCGAUCGAACGAAGGUCUACAUUACAAGGAUAUUGAGCUCAUUCACCAACGGACUGCUACAUACCAAGGAUGGCUCAUCUGUGUAAAGUUGAGGAACCAUAAGGGGCAUCGGAAAUACAAGAAGCACGCGCCAACCAUGGUCUUGUACGAGGAGCCGCUUAUGAGAUACAUGUGUCCGGUCACAUGGUUUCUCUCCCUUGCCUUUGCAGACGAUGUUUUCCAGAAUUUGUCUUCACACGAAGAUCUUACUAAAGCAAGGCCCCCAGCUGGAAGCUCCUUGUACCGAGCGAGGUACAAGAAGGAUGCUUUGGACCGCCCAAUUAUGCGGAAUACGCGUGCGGACGGGACACUCUUUGCGGACCGGAUAUGGACUUAUGAUUGUUUCAACACUGCAUUAAGGGGGGUUGGACAAAGAGCUGAGGAGAGCGACUGCACCACAACUUCGAACGCUGUUAGGCCACAGAGGCGAAGAGACUGCGCAAUACUACGUCUCAGGCUUUGUUGGAAUAGACAGCCAAUCGAUAAUACACGAACGCGAACAACGCCUGGAGCUUUACAAAGACUCUAG